AUAUCAUAUCAUCAUACCAUCUAUUCAUUCAAUUCCAUCGAACUUGCCCUUUCUUUUGGUAAGAGAUGUCUCAAUCUCAGCUGUUCACGAUAGAUUUCUUGGGAAUUGCAAGUGAUGAGAAUGGCAGCCCCCAAUUGGAUUCCACCAUGGAUUGCCCUAAACAACUUGUGCACAGUCGAUCAACGCAGUCAUACCUGGGAAAGAUAAAACCCUUUAUGCUGCAACAAGUGCUCUCACAUGGAUGUCUGAGCGAUUCAAAAAAAAUUCACAGAGAAGGUCAGAUUAGGGUUUGUGAAGGAAUUAAGACCCUGGAUCUGUUUCCACAGCAUCCUCUAGGGUUUCAAUCCAGCAGUAAACAGGACAAUAGCCAAUCCGGUUUGCUGGAUACACAAAUUGAAAUUCCUGAAGCCGUUCCAGCCAAUCCAUCGUCCACCCAACUAACGAUUUUGUACAACUAUCCAAGGCAUAGUGUUUCGAAUUCACAAGAAUCCACACAAGGGGGAAAGCAAAGGCAUGCUGUUGAAACAUCAAAUGCCAAUCUUCCGCUAGCUAAGAGGUUAUCCCUUCAACGAUUUCUUCAGAAACGGAAGGACAGACUGAGCAGAGUUAUUCCAUACGUGACGUCAUCGGAAUAAGGAAUCUGAAAUUGUUUGGAUGUGUUGAAGGAACUUUCGAGGAAACGGAGAUAGUGGAGUUCCACCAUACAAUUCAAUUCCCACGCGUUUUCUCCAAUUGGCAAGCAUGAAUCUGAACUUGUUUUGUUUGUAAAUGGGAAUGUGGUUCGUUCCUUGUUAUCCGAAAGGAAGUUUCGAGGAAAGGGAGAUAGUGGAGCGCCACAUGUUCAGACUGACAUGACUCCUGCACUCCGCUACAAUAUUGAGAAUCUAAUGGCAUUGGAAUGAACGAGGAAAAUAUGUUUAAAAUCAUGAGGCCGGCAUUUGUGAUUGUGCUGUGCAAAAUACAAUAUGAAUCAUCUGCGGAUAUUCAAUCAGAAUUAUAUAUUCCUCAAUAAUGUAUUUUUUUAUUCUUUCAUUUAAGAAUUUAAAUGGAGAUCUAAUCUCAAAUUUGGCGGGUUUAAACGGCAGAUUAA